GCCUCCGGGAAGCUCGCCUCUCCGGACAGCCCCGUAAGCCCCACACACGCGCCCCCACCCCGCCUCCAGCUCGCUCCUUCCCACCUGCCAGAACUUCUCCCAUGUGCCGUCAUGAGGCGAGCGCUCCGCUCCGGACUGGGAGCUGCUGCGGCGCUUGUCCUGACAGCCUGCGCCUCUCUCUGCACAGGCUUAACAUGUGUGUGCCAAUUGUGUGAAAAAACAAACUUCACUUGUGAAACGGAGGGAGCAUGUUGGACUUCUGUCAUGCUAGCGAAUGGUCGGCAAGAAGUAAUAAAGGCAUGUGUUUCCCUAUCGCAGCUGAAGGCACAGAUCUUCUGCCAUGGUUCUAAGAACGUAACCAGGACAGAAUGCUGCUUCACAGAUUUCUGCAACAAUGGAACCAUUUACCUGCCCACAGGUCAAGAACCUUCAAACAAAUCAAAGCUAGGACCUGUGGAGCUGACUGUAGUUAUAACCAUACCAGUGUGUGUGUUGUCUAUUGUUUUACUGCUGGCAGCCUACACGUGCCAAGGACACUUCUGCAGACACAGAAAGAAAAGAAGGCCAAAUAUUGAAGAACCUCUCUCUGAGUGUAAUCUGGUGAACCCAGGAAAAUCUCUCAAAGAUCUAAUUUUUGACAUGACAACAUCGGGUUCUGGAUCUGGUUUACCUCUCCUUGUGCAAAGGACAAUUGCAAGGACUAUUGUUCUUCAAGAAAUCGUUGGAAAAGGUCGAUUUGGUGAAGUCUGGCGUGGAAAAUGGUGCGGAGAGGAUGUUGCAGUGAAGAUCUUUUCCUCAAGAGAUGAAAGGUCUUGGUUUCGUGAAGCAGAAAUCUACCAGACAAUCAUGCUGAGACAUGAAAAUGUCUUGGGUUUUAUUGCUGCUGAUAACAAGGACAAUGGGACCUGGACUCAACUGUGGCUUGUAACUGAAUAUUAUCAGCAAGGCUCUUUGUUUGACUACUUAAACAGCAAUACUGUGACAGCUGAUGAAAUGAUUAAGAUGACAUUUUCAAUAGCCAGUGGUCUAGCACAUCUGCACAUGGAAAUCGUUGGAACCCAAGGAAAGCCAGCUAUUUCACACAGAGACUUAAAAUCUAAAAACAUUCUAGUCAAAAGGAACGAAAGCUGUGCUAUUGCUGACUUGGGGCUAGCUGUGAAGCAUGACUCCGUAUUAAACACAAUUGACAUACCACAGAAUCCUAGAGUAGGAACCAAGAGGUACAUGGCUCCAGAAAUACUUGAUGAUACAAUGAACAUAAAUAACUUUGAGUCUUUCAAGCGUGCAGAUAUUUACUCUCUUGGACUGGUGUUUUGGGAGAUAUCCAGAAGAUGCUUAGAUGGAGGAAUUUUGGAGGAGUACCAGUUACCUUAUUACGAUGCGGUGUCUUCUGAUCCUUCAAUAGAAGAAAUGAGAAAGGCAGUCUGUGAACAAAAGCUGAGACCAAAUAUUCCAAAUCAAUGGCAAAGCUGUGAGGCGCUCAGACUUAUGGGCCGAAUCAUGCGUGAGUGCUGGUUCACCAAUGGGGCAGCUCGACUGACAGCACUUCGUAUUAAGAAGACAAUUUCUCAACACUGUGGACAAAAUUCCAAAGCUUAAAUUUACAUGCUUUGUAAAAAUGGAACAGGAAAAUGCAUUUAUGUCUUUGGUUUUUGUAUUGUUUUUGAUUUUGCUCUACCUCAUGUGAUACUCAGAAUUGUACUGCAAAGCCCAAAUCCCAGAAUACUAGAAUGUAGCUUCAUUGGUUCUUCACAUUUCAUCAGAAUUAACUUUUGGUUGCUGGGUGAUGUGUGUCUUGUUUUGGCUCGUAAAGGAAAAAUGAUUUAUUUAUUUUAUGGGCAUAAUAAUCCAUGAACAUGCUCCACAGUGUUGACAUGAUACUUCCUGCCAUGGCAGCAGAAGCUCCUGAAUUACAGAUAAUAUAUGAGAAGUGAACAUCAGCGAAAGUUUUUCACCAUGGCAGAGCCCUGUUCUCGUUUGUGUUGGUGGUAUGCAUGAAUUUGAUAAACUAAACCAAAAGUGGGCAACUUGUGAGCUGAUUUUAUCACACCUUCCGUUCCAUCUAACUUCACUCUUAUACAAAAACAGCUUCCUUUUUGGUAAAAACUGUCUCUUCAUCCCCCUGGUUUUUUUAAAAAAAGGUUGAAAAUAGAUUUCUUGAUCUAUUUCUGGUGGAGCCCACUGCAUUCUGGAAAGUUAUCUCUGAAAGGGUGCAAACACAAUGUUGUUUACUCUUUGAAGUAAAUUCUGAAGAUAUUAAAUACAUUGAGUCUUUAUUAAAAUAUAUUGGCCACUGGCUUAUUUAAAAAAAAAAUAUUUGAAAUGACCGGCUUUUCAGCUCACUUCAAGAACUGAGAAAUGAGCCAUAAGAACUCUUUAGAGCUUGAGCCUGGAGAUCUCUGGAAGAUACGGUUGACUGCAGGCUUCCUCAGAAGAUUUCCACAGGCUGUGUCUUCAUGUUAAUUACACUCACUUGGUACUUUUUUUUUUUUUACUUUUUAUUUUCAGCCAGCAAUAGUGCCUGCCUUACUUUGUAGCAACCGGGGGAGGGGACACACAUACAAAUAUCUGGCAGUGUUUCCAUCUUUUGUUCAGGAAGCCCCUAGAGAAAAAUGAGCUCCCUCCCCACUGGUGGCAUUAAAAAUCCCCCUUAAAGAAUCCAUAGUAUUUUAUGACCAAAGGGGAAAAAAAUGCAAGCACACACUCUUGACAUUGCCGAUGUAAAGAAUCAAAAAGAGAUGCUACCAGUCACAGCUGAUAUGAUUGGGCUAAGCGAGCCAAAGGUUUGGCUUUUCUGCAUUCCUAAGGAAAUAAGCAAGUGAGAAACUGAGACCAAACUAUCAAGGCAUUUUUCACAGAACUUUGUAGAAUAGGCGGUGCAAUAUGUGUGUGUGUGUGUGUGUGCACAUGUAUAUAUGUGUAAUGUGUAUUUGUGUGUAUAUAUGCACAUGUACACAUUGAUUUUUAUUAAUCAAAUAAGAGUAAUUAAAUAGAACAUGCUUACUGUGAAAGUUGUUCUUAUAUUAUAUCUUACAUUAUAGAUGAUCAUUUAUUUAAAGCUUUAACCACCACAUUAUAGUUAAAUGUUGGAAAUUCUAUAUGUUACCUGUCUUUUGUCUUCAAAUUUCAGUCUGUGAACUAAAUGUUCUAAAUCUAAAGCAGUAUAAACGCAACGGGAUAAAUCUGGGAUGUCUGUUUUGUGGUGCCAAAAUUUAGAACAAAGUCACAAAGUCCUAAUGUAAAAUACGUGUAAUGCUUACCUGACUUUUCACAAAGUGUGAGAGUGUUUGGCUAAAAAGAAAUAGCAUUUUACACAACUCUGUUUUGAUCUAUAAUUUUGAAAAAAAAAUCACUAAAAGCCCUGAAGUCUAAAGAAAUGUCAAAUAAUCACAAGUAUCAGUAUUAAACUUCUGUAAAUUUGAAAAAAAUAAUAAUUGAUGUAUAUAUAUUUUAAUAUGUCAUUCAGUUGUGAAGAUGCAAUUUUGAUGUUUAUUCUACAAUCAGAACUGGAUAGACAUGCCUUUUUUUAUAAGCUAAUUGUGUUAAGAUCUUCUCAUGCAGCCAAUGUUUCCCAUGUGACCAAAGCUAUAGGAAGCUGUAGGAAGAUAACAUGGGAACCAUAAUUCUCAUAUGUACCCAUGGUUCACAUGAAUCCAAUGUGGCAUGGAAUCGCCAAAUUUAAGGCAGCUCUUGGGUGAUUAUGGUUUGCAAGUGAAUGGCCUCAAUUAUUCCACUUCAUAAACUAUUUGAAUAGAGGAAACUAGUAAGACCAAAUUGUUGCUGGUAUUUCUAGUUGUAACUGUCUCUGUGCAUGACAGAGAGGGUGAACUGUUCCCAGUCAGCCACCCAUGAUAUAUUCAGCCUGAAAUCCCAAAUGUGAGUCUCCAAAUUUCUAGGAAAAAGAGCUGUAGCUUAAGAGGUAGAGCAUGUAUUUUGUAUGGAAGAAGCCCCAGAUUCUAGGGUGGGGCUAGAAAGAGGAGAAAAUGCUACCCUGAGGUUGAAAACAGUAUCACUUUAUUUUAUUAUUUCUCUGUCUUAUAACAGGAAUCAAGCCAGCCAUCUCAGGGAUGUUCAUAUUAAUUUUGGGGUCUUAAAAUGCAAAUAAAUAUGUUGACUUCUAUCUUUAAUUUUUUUUUCUAAAAUCUAUAUGCAUCCCUAAGCCAAGAUUUCAACAGUGUAGUCAACCAUGAAAAUAGGAUUUUUGUUGAUGCUGACUCUUGUGAUGUGAGUGUAACCUGUGCCAAUACAAUAGUAAAUGGAAAUCUAUAAGUUGCCUAUUGUCAUCCUCACCAGUAUGGCAAUCAUUCUUUCAGCUUAAACUAGCUUUUAGCAUAAUCCUAGCCAAUUUGGGCUGAAUUCCGUAGCUAAGCAAGAGCAGCCCUGGUUAGCACUUAAACUGGAGCCAAUGGCAGGCUGUACAUCUCCCCCAAGGGAAAGCGGUGACAAACUAAUACUGUAACAAUCCCAAGAAAACAGUAUGGAUGUAAUCUCUAGAGAUUAUGGCUUAUAUCUAAGAAAUGUGUGUCACAUAUUCGUGCAUAGUGAUUGAUGAUGUUCCUUGUGUUUUAAUUUAAAUAGUCAUCUAAAUGCCCUUGUGAUUGAUCAUCUCUAAAUGGUCCAUUUAUAUACACAAGAAUCAUUUGAUGCUACAUUUCAAAAGUGAUAAACAAGCAAAGAAUGGUAUGAACUGAUUCUGAGUCACCAAUGAUGACUUUUUGAGACGUAGAAAUAAUAUUCCUAGAUUUUCUGUAGUGUUACGCUUCUAUUUGUCAUUUUGCCAUUGUGCUUACAUUUUAAAGUUAGAAUAACAUUCUAAUUGCUGAAAUUGAUAUUGUUAUGUGAAAAUAACAGGAGUGAGAAAUGACUUGCAUGUGACAAUUGUUGCUCAUAUUCUUUGUUCUAUAGGGACUGCUGAUAAAGCCUGAAAUUGAUAAAGUGUGCAAUUCUCACAUGAAUAAUUACUGUAGUUGCUUUACAGUUAACAAAAUGCUGCCACAAACAGGGAGUUUGUGUUUUAAAAUAUUUUGUUAUGGAUAAGCUUGUGCUUUUCUUACUUGUAUGAAGUAAUCCAUAAGAAUCAAGCACUUUCCAUUAAUUAUAGGCACCACACUUUUAUGGCUUAGGCAGAAAAUAAGUAUUAAAUGCAUAAAAUAGGUAGUACUCUGAAAUGUGAUGAAAGUGCAAUACAUUAAAUCUGAAGAAAAUAUGUGUAUCCGAGUUGUGCAAAUUUAUAUAAGAAGAAAUAAGUUCAAAUGAUGGUUGAUGAUGGAGCAGAGCUCCAUUCUAGAAGGGGAAGAUGUAAAUUUUCAAUUGCAAAUGCCUAUAAAGAAAAUGUGUUAAGAAUAGAUUUCUCUUAAACUAUCUUUAAAUAAAAUUAUGGAACUGAAUGAUGAAAUAAGUUUUCAUACUAUAACUUGCUUUAACCUAGUGUAUACUAUCACAAGAAAUAUUUAUUUUUUAAACAAAAGCUUUUACUAUUGCUGCUACUGCCUCUAGUUGUAAAUAAUAUAUCUGUUGUAUUUUUGUAUAUUAUUUUUGCCUCUCAAAGCAUAUUUUUAAAGUGUCAAUUUUACAAUUUUAAUUUUUCUUUGCUGUUUUUGUGAAGCACAAUUUCUUAUAAACAAUAAAAAAUCAAUGUCUGAGUAAUGUUA